AUGACAUGCAAAGAGAAGUUCGCCGACAUGGAGGAUCCCACGCGUGAAGACCCUCAGGUCUGCAAAUCGGCGGAGGAGCGAGAGCUCGCGCGCGGAGCGCUGUGCACGGAACUGAUGGAAGAGGAGCAGUGCCUGUCGAGCAGGGAUCGCGAGCUUGGAACGACGUGCUGCUGGCGCGCAGAGGGCCACGCCAAGGAUGGCGAGGCCGUGUGCGCACCCUUCGGCUGGAAGGAUAUGUGGUACGCGCCCGACAGGUGUGCCCAGGUGUUGACGGCGACCUUUCGCCUGCCAAAGUGCGAGCCGUUGUGCUUGCUGCCGCCCGAGGACGACCUCAAGAGGAAGCACGUGGUGGCUGAGGACUGCGACAGAUGCGCGGCCGGAAAGGAAGGCUGCAAGUGCAAGCUGACCUGCGAAGGCGACUUCGAAGUCUUGGAGGGGCGCCCAGGCCAGCCAUCCUGCACUAAAUCGGAUCGUCUGUUCAAACUGCCGACAUGCGUGUGCCCACCAGACAAGGCGAAAUCAUGUGCCAAAGAACUGCUGAUGUGCGAGCCGCUAUCGGCCACGACGAGGGGACUAUAUGGCGAUGUCGAGGGAUGCGACCGUUGCUCCCCUGGCGAUCCUUGCACGUGCGAGAUUUCCUGCAGGGAUACUGACAAGCUGAUCGGACCGAAUAACCCGACGUGCGAGGAGCUCCCCUUGAGCCUGGCCACCGAGAAGGCGUGCAAGGACAUAACCGACGAGGACGAAUGCUUGGCGAGCCAGGAACAUGACAAGGAGGAGCCGUGCUGCUUCCAAGAGUCCGCUUCGGGGGGCGAGUGUGUCGCCCGCAGCGAGGUGGCCUCUGGGCUGCCGGUCAUGUGCGCUGUUCACUUUAUGGGCAAGUGGACGAACCUCCCCGUCUGUAGCCGCAGGUGCGAGAACACCUUCGCCGACCGCCAAGAUGUCAAGCAGGACAGCUGCGACGACUGCGCCGUCGGAGAAGCCGAGUGCGGCUGCAGCGUGCGCUGCCGAGAUGGCCUGGAGCACUAUGGCGGGCCCGCAGAGGGCCCCAGGCCGUGCCAGGCGAGUGGGUUCUUCGAGGAUGCCCCGGUGUGCAGCGAGCACGAGGCGCCACAGGAGUGCCCAGCUCCCGACACCAGCCUACAGGUGACCCCGACGUGGGCCAUGUACAGAGAGCAGGUUCAGUGUUACGAUGUUGGCCACCAGGUGCUCCCGACGUGGGCUGGGGUGGUCAAGACACCCAGCAGCGCGCUUGGAGCCUGCAAGGAGGCGUGCGGGAGCUACGGGCUCCUGGUGCUCUGGGGUACUGGCCGCUGCGACUGCUGCAGGGGUGACCGGACAAAACGCCUCGAGGAGGAUGUCAAGAAUCCGAGAGCAGUCGCGUGGGUGAAAGGCCCGCUGAGGUCCAGCGGCUGCUCUGGGUGCACUGCAGGGGAAGGCUGCGCUGGAUGCUCCGUCGGCUGCGCCGAAAAGCAUGCGCUGGUGACUUCUGGCGAGAGCGAUGCCGAGCCAGCUUGCGUUGCGGAGACCGUCGUCAGGAAGUCGGCGGUGUGCGAGCAAGCCGAAGGCAAGGAACAUUGUUUGAGGAUGGAGCAAGAAAGCCAGCCAUGCUGCUGGGAUGGCGCGAGGUGCUUGAGAAAGAAGUCUCCGCUGAUAUACAGCAUGGCGAACCUGCAGUGCGCCCCCAUGACGCAAGGAGUCUGGACGGGCCUCCCUCAGUGCACGCCGGCCUGCUUCCACGAUUUCCAUGAGGCUGGGCACGUCGUCCACACCGGUUGCGACAAGUGCAUCCCAGGGGACGAGUCGUGUCCGUGCAGAGUGGAGUGCGACAGAGGCUUCGCGGCGGUCGGCGACGGGGCCCCGGAGCGCAAGUGCACUCCCGAGAACCCCAGGAUGGCCCGGGCGCCCGUGUGCGUCCAGAGGGAUCCGCUCUGGUGCCCGUCGCAGGACGGGAGGGCGUUCAGCCUGUGGGAGUGGUCGCGGGGCGUCUCCUGGAAGAACGGGCUGGACAUGGCAGGCUGCGACUGCCAGCCUGACCAAGCAGAACCAUGCGCGUGCAGCGUGUCGUGUUCGGUUGGCUUCAGGCUCAUGGAAGGCACGCCGGGCGAGAAGACGUGUGUCAAGAGGGACGCCAAACACAUCCUACAGGAGAAGCCGUGCGGCAGCAUCAAACAGCUGGAGGAGUGCCUCGCUUCCACCGAGAAGGGAGAGCCAUGCUGCUGGUGGCGAGGCGAUCUGGCCAGCGGGACGUGUGGGCUGUCGAGCGACAGCAUGUCACAGUGGCGGCUUACGGGGCGCAUGGGCAGUCCCUGGCGGUGCGCUCAACUCGAGGUAGCGGAGUGGGAAGGGCUGCCGGUCUGCCACCACAAAUGCAACCCAGACGAAUUCGCCCGCUAUACCUCCCGCCUGAGGGUCGUGGGCUGCGACGACUGUGUUGCCGCACAGUGGGCCGAGGAGGAGUGCCAAUGUCAGAUCUCCUGCGACUCUGGCGCGCUGCUGAAGCCGACAUGCGUUGGUGACUCUUUGAAAGCCGAGUGGUCCAAUAUCUGGGACUUGCAAGCCCUCUACGACAGUUGCAAGGGGACCUGCCCCACGCUCGACUCGCAGGGUGGCACACUGGACGUGUCGGACUGCGACAAUCCACUCUCCGACGGAGCUGGUUGCAACGUCAAUUGCCUCCACAAGAACAGAAUCGAGAGGGUCGGUGGUGCUCUAGAGGGCAGUUGGGUGCGGUGCCAGAGGGACAUGCGUAACUCUUUGGUGAUAUCGCAACUCCCUGUCUGCGCGCCCAUGUGCACUACGCCCGAUGACCAGUAUGGGAGGCUGGACGUUCGCCAGUGUUCCUCGACGUGUCGUGGUGGCGGGCAGGAUUGUAACUGUCGGGUCGCUUGCAAAAACGGCCACACUCCGAGCGGAGGCGGCGCACCAGGCAAGAAGAGGUGCAGGUUAUUCCCUGGUAGCGACAUGGUGGCUGCGUCUGCUGGCUGGGUGGACGCCAACCCAGAGCUGGAAGACCACGUAAGUUUCACUUUGGCGGUCGCUGAGAGCCAGCGAAAGGCUGAGGAUUGGGAGUUGCUUAUCUCCGACGCGUUAGGGUACACAGUGUUGCCCUCUAAUGUGAAGGUGGAGCUGGAUGUGUUAGCCAUCGCUUCGAAGCAUUUGGUCCAGGUGAACGUCAGCAGCGGACGGGACGGCAAGCAGGUGGAGGCCAACGUCAAAGACGGGCGGUUGCGGGGAGUCAUCGGGGCGGCCUUGGGCGUGCCAGAGUCGUCCGAGAUACCAGACCUUACCAUCAAUGACGUCAAGCUACAUCCUGCAAAAAAGGGUUGGAACCAGUUUCCGCAGUGCCUCCCGCCCGUCACUAUCCAGGUGGUUAGUGCAUUGUCCGGCAACCCCAUAGAGGGUGCGGACAUAAGUAUCUACGCCGACUCGACUUGCACGCCAGGAACAGAGCUGCUAACGGGUAAGACUUCGGAGAAAGGCUCUGCAACAAUUGCCACUUCGGGCGAGAACGGCUUCUAUAAAGUUCGAAAGGAGGGUUUCGCUGCAGACGUGGGCUUCUUCGACAGGAACACGUGUCAAAGCCAGACGUCCUGCACUUUCAAACUGGUGUUGUCACCGACGAUGUCAGGCGUUGAACUGGACGCUCAGGACUGUACCUUCAGUGUGAAGGCCGAAGACCCUGGCUUCCAGAUGCGGGCGGUACUGACGUGGAACAACAUGCUAAAAGACUUGGACAUUUGGGCAAGAAGUCUGACCUGUGCCAGGGCGAUCACAGACAAGUACGGGUGCGACCUUGAAGGAAGUGGAACCAAAAGAGAUUGUAGCAGGUUGUUCCAGUUUUGGAACUACGAGGACGAUAUACUCCGGUCUCGGUCCAGUUGCAUUGUCAGGACUUGCACGUCCGAGUGCGUCGAAUGGAAAUGGCUGUUGUUGUGCCAGAAGUAUGAAGAAGAUUGUUCGAACGUUUGGGUGAACCCACUCCCUCAGUGGGUGAACUGGUACACGCGAAAGGUCGACACAUUGAACACUGACAGGCGGUUAUCUUCCGAUAGCUACCUUUACUUGGACGUGGACGAAAAAAAUGGCUAUGGGCCCGAGACUGUCACUUUCAUGAACGUCCCUCCUGGCACGUACCAGGUUGUGGUGGACACGUGGGACUCCUCGCGGAGUGAUGUCCGAGAUGCUAGUCCGAUGGUCACGCUGUACAUCGGGAAAACCAGCAUCCCUUUCAAGUGCACGCCUGAUCCGUCGUGCACCUCUGAAUCGAAACUAUGGAAUGUCGUGAAUAUCAUCAUCGAGGAGGUGCAGGGCGACGCUGGAGGCAGAAAGUACAGGGUCCGCUUGAAAGACAGCCACUCGAACAUGGAGCCCCUGCACGAGCUGGACCUCCCCACGGACGACUAUUUCGGUGUAAAGGCCGGUGGAGAGUCGCCACAGCGGUCGUACAACAACGAGUACCUCAAGAACGUCUGCUACGGAACGUGCGAGGUCGCGCCAGGCUCGUCGUACGACACAUGUGUCGAUCACGGAGAGGGAGGAGGCGCCGCUGCACACUCCAUGCUCUUCAACAUCUGGAACGCUGGGGACGCGAGGCUCAACGGCGCCUGGGAGAAAUCGGGCUGGAGCCGUGGGAGGCCGCGCUACACCAAAGUGGGCGACUCGUCCGUAAUCAUGGAGUGGAGCGACUCCCGUCGAGCGUGGCGGCUGUACGUCGACAAUUUUUUUAGCUGGAAACGCGACACCCUGUACACAUCAUCGAAUGAUUCGAUGGUGUUCCCGACCAGCGGUUGGGUGGUGGAUACGGGGCGAAGGCCCCCCCCUACCAUCGUGACCGUGGAACAGAGCUGA